AUGAAUACCAAACCCUCCAGCUCAUCCAACAGGCUUGCACGCGACCGACUAUACAUGGGCUUUCUAGCCAUGCAUGCUGUAGCUACAGUUGUGAUUGUCUACAUCACCAUCUCUAACGAUCCAUUGAUGAUGGGCGCUAGCUCAGGCACAUCCAAUCAUUUAUGGUUCCGUUGGUUACUUGCUCACGAGUUUAUCUUCUUCCUUCCGACGUAUUUCUUUGGAAUCGUGGGUCUAUGGAAAGACGAUUUAACUAUUUACCCACUCCUUUUGGCCUAUGGUGCAGCCGCAUCAACCACCACCGCGACUUGUUUGAUAGACCUUCUGUUCGGGUCACAUGAUAGUCACUUGACCCCUAAACAGUUACUGUUUCUUCUCAGUUCGUACGGUAGUUCUGACGAGAAUUUAUACUCCCGACUUUAUGCUGUCUCCAUGCCUUGUCUUCAACCAUAA